AUGUGUCUGUCUAAGCAGUGAAGCUGUCCGGUGAGAUGGAUGUGGAGGCUGAUGUGGUCUACCCAAUCACCUGUGGGGACGUGAAGGCCACCCUGGUCUGGAAGAAGUUUGUUUGUCCAGGCAUCAACAUCAAAUGUGUCCAAGUAAGUCUGAUUUAACUCACUUUAGCCAUUUUUUAAACUUAACUCAGUCCUAUCGGAUCAUGAUUUGUAGGUUUCUUAGCCUUGUGAUAUGCACACCAAGGAUGGAACCAUGGAGGUACUGGUUCGUGUUCAUUAGGCACAAAAUGGAAGGCACUACCUGAACUUGUCCAAUAAGAAAUGCUUUUUAAAAUAUUUUUUGUGUACACCGUUUUGCUACGGUGUGCACUAAUGAAAACAACCCAGAUGACAUCUGUCUAUCUGUGUUCCAGUUCAAUGAGCAUCUUAUCAGUCCCAAGGAGUUUGUCUAUAUGGCUGGGAAAUCUACACUGAAAGACUGGAAGAGAGCCAUCCGAGUGAACGGCACUAUGAUCAGGUCUGUGGCUUUGAAAGGAUGCAUACUUGGGUUUGCACAAUACAUUUAUAAUGUGAACCAUAUGGUCCUCCAUGCAAAUAAUGUAGUAUUCUCUUAGUUUCCCACUGCUAAGCAAAGUGGAAAUGUAGAUCAAAAAGUUGCUACAUCCUUUGCGCAUGUAAUCAUUGUGCAGUUCUCAAAUGUGCCACACGAUGGCACUAUGACAUAACAUGAUAUCAGGUGAUUUUAGGGCACUAGUUCAGAAUGGCAUUAGGCACCAAACUGAAGAAAAACAUUUCAAUUGGACUAAAAAAAGGAGGGGCUUCCUGGACUUAUCCAAUAAGAAACGCUUAUUUUUGGCUUUCCGUUGCAAAACCUUUUAAAACGUUUCCCGUUGCGUGCCCUAAUGCCCUAGCACUACACAGCUGAUUGAAAUAACCAACUUAUCAUCAAGCUUUGAUUUUUUUGAAUCAGCUGUGUAGAGCUAGGGCAAAAACCAAAACGUGUACUCAAGGGGGACCCCAGGACUGACUUUGGGAAACCCUGCCCUAAUGAACACAUCACUGCACUUUGUCAGUGAAAAAAAUACUUUCUCUGAUGCUGUCUGGCAGCGAAAUAAUGGUGUAUAAUACAAUUCCCGAUAGGAAAAUCAUGGACUCUGGCGAGCUGGAUUUCUACCAGCACUCCAAAGUGUGCUCCAACACAUGCCGCAGUACCAAGAUUAACCUGGUGGGGACCAGAGUGUCACUCAGAAGCCAGCAGUCCACUGACUACGUCCCGGUCACCCCCUCCGCAGCCGACGGUAAACACACACACAAAUAGACACACGCCUUGAUUCCCUCAAACCCUCUUAUGUGUGAUUUUUUUUUGUAACAUGUUAAGGUAUUCAAAUCUUACGAUGCUGUUGUUCUAGUGAACGGAUCACCAGCCACGUUUCCAACAGAAGUAUCAUCAGACGACACCACGGAAUGGGUCACGGCCAUAGGAGGUGAGUUUGAACUCUGAGUUAUCAUUUUAAAUGUCAAAAGUUUCUAGCUUGCCUUCUUCUUUCCAACUGACCACUAUGCUUAGAAAUGAGGCUAGGUGACCGCUCAAAGUUCAAUAAUCAGACACACAAUCAGGUAAUGGGCCCACUAUUUGUCUAAUCACCUGACACAGUGCUAAAGCACUUAGAUCCAUUGACAAUUAUAAUUGUGACCAUGUUGUACACUGACUCUCUAUUUACUGGCCAUUCACAAGUCUAGCAAUCAGGCUUAAACAGUGCUUUAUCAAACUCUCUGAAUAUCUAUUUGAGGCUAUAUAGUUGAUUGUAUAGAAGCGACUUCAUGGUGUGUGUUUGCAUUGUUCCAGAGGACUCUGUGACGUUCUGGAGGGGUCUGAAGGAGGCGGGGCUGCUGGAGGAGGUGGUGGAGGACUUCCAGAAGGAGAUCCAGGAGGUGCUGAAGAGCAUGCAGGAGCGCAUCACCGAGCCUCCCCUGCAAGUUAACGGUCAGUUUCAUAUUGUUCAUGAGGGAUAUUUCACUCAAAUAUUUUUAUAAAAUGUUUUAAUUACAGUAUUUCACUCUGUAAUAUUGCUAUACUAGCUUGUAUGUUAUGUGCUCAAACAAAAGUGAAACUUAAGCAAGGUCUUUGUUCAGAAGUGUUUCCCCCAUUUAUUGAACAUCAAAUCAAAUCAAAUUUUAUUGGCCACAUGCGCCGAAUACAACAGGUGCAGACAUUACAGUGAAAUGCUUACUUACAGCCCUUAACCAACAGUGCAUUUAUUUUUAAUAAAAAAGUAAAAUAAAACAACAACAAAAAAGUGUUGAGAAAAAAAUAGCAGAAGUAAAAUAAAAUAACAGUAGGGAGGCUAUAUAUACAGGGGGGUACCGGUGCAGAGUCAAUGUGCGGGGGCACCGGCUAGUUGAGGUAGAUGAAGUAAUAUGUACAUGUGGGUAGAGGUAAAGUGACUAUGCAUAAAUAAUUAACAGAGUAUCAGCAGCGUAAAAAGAUGGGGUGGGGGGGCAGUGCAAAUAGUCCGGGUAGCCAUGAUUAGCUGUUCAGGAGUCUUAUGGCUUGGGGGUAGAAGCUGUUGAGAGUAUUUUGGACCUAGACUUGGCACACCUAGGGUGGCUGGAGUCUUUGACAAUUUUGAGGGCCUUCCUCUGACACCGCCUGGUAUAGAGGUCCUGGAUGGCAGGAAGCUUGGCCCCAGUGAUGUACUGGGCCGUACGCACUACCCUCUGUAGUGCCUUGCGGUCGGAGGCCAAGCAGUUGCCAUACCAGGCGGUGAUGCAACCAGUCAGGAUGCUCUCGAUGGUGCAGCUGUAUAAUUCUUUGAGGAUCUGAGGACCCAUGCCAAAUCUUUUCAGUCUCCUGAGGGGGAAUAGGCUUUGUCGUGCCCUCUUCACGACUGUCUUGGUGUGUUUGGACCAUGAUAGUUCGUUGGUGAUGUGGACACCAAGGAACUUGAAGCUCUCAACCUGUUCCACUACAGCCCCGUCGAGUCAUGUGGGAGCUGUUGUUCUGCUGUCCUAAUGCCAUUCUAACUUCAAUCCUGUCUUUUCAUCUCCCUACUCUCUGUGUUGGACCUUGUCUUCUCAGACGCUGUGCUGCUGAACAACAUAGUGCAGAACUUUGGCAUGCUCGACCUGGUUAAGAAGGUGCUAGCCAGUCACAAGAGCCAGAUGGACCACUAUAGGGAGCAGUAUUCACACAGUCUUGUCGGUGAGUUAAAUGCUCACAAUAACAUUCUUCAUUAUUGUGUCUUUGAGUCCUUAUUUUGUGUUUUUUAUGGGGAUUUUCUAGACAGUCUUUACACUCUUUUGUAGACGUCACUCUUUUUGUUGCAGCUGGCUUAAAAGCAGCUCCUUGAGGAAAUAAUGUGAAAUGUUACUGUUUGGCCUUGGUGUGUAUUAAAUUUGACCGCUGUCUCUUGCCGUAGCUCUGGAGCAGCAGUGUGACGAGCACAGGAAACGUGCCAAGGAGCUGAAGAGCAAAUCCCAACACCUCAACAAUGUCCUCAUGACCCUGACCCCCGUGGCCACGCCGCCCACGCCCAAAUGUCCCCGCCUCACCCACGCCGUCUCAGGCCCCACCGUUAUGUCCAGCGCCCCCACCCAGUUCACCCUGCCCCUCACCCAGCUGACGGACCUGCCUGCUGGGUGCAAAGUUCUCUCGAUGGGUGGCGCGGCUGGUGCCGGCCAGCAGACCUACACAGUGCUGACGUCACCCGUGGGCGAGUUGAGGCCAGAUGCCUCCAAUCUGAUGGUACUCUCCUCGGCCACCGCCGUUCAGGAGGGCGCCGCCGCCACCACGGCCUUCAUCAAGAUGGUCAGCCCGGGCUACCAGCUGAUCACGCUGCCUGCCGCGCAGGGCACCCAGCUACAGGGCCCGGCGGGGGGCAUGCUCCAGGACACCCCCACCAUGGUGGCAAUGCCCAUGGGUAACAACGCGCUGCAGGGCACGGUGGCAGCAGUCACAGCAUUGGAAACACAGGUGGACGUUCAGGUGCAGGAGGAGGUGGCACCAGAGACAGAGGAGCAGGAGGCCAAGGAGACAGUGGAGGUGGAGAGUUAGAGAGAUGUACUACUCCUAUAUUAUUAAAGACACAGCAGGAACUGAGGCCCCGUUUGUCCUCAAUGGUUUAAGUGCUGGAACCAAUGCCUGUAUAGGUCUAGUGGUGUUGAACUAUGAAGCACCCAUCUCAGUAAAGCUCUGUAAAGAUGACUUAAAACGAGCAGGGCAUGUAUAACAACGUAUACAUGCAUUGCUCGUUUUACUCUAAGCACCAGCACGUGUGUAU